GGUCCGAGCUGCUGAAAGGUCUGGCCGCAGAGACAGGAACGCAUAAUCCUCAGCGUGCUCCAUCCCGACAGCAUCCUUCCACCGCUCGGCAGGGCAGCAAGCCUCUAGGCAGCAGCCCCUCUGCUCCGCGGAAAAGCCUGAUGAAGUCCUCCGAUAUCGAUCAGGAUUUAUUUACAGACAGUUACUGCAAGGUGUGCAGUGCACAACUGAUAUCCGAAUCUCAGCGCGUGGCCCAUUACGAGAGUCGAAAACAUGCAAGCAAAGUCCGACUGUAUUACAUGCUUCACCCCAGGGACGGUGGGUGUCCUGCCAAGAGGCUCCGGUCAGAAAAUGGAAGUGAUGCUGAUAUGGUGGAUAAGAAUAAGUGCUGCACACUGUGUAACAUGUCUUUUACCUCAGCGGUGGUGGCUGACUCCCAUUAUCAAGGCAAAAUCCAUGCCAAAAGGUUAAAACUGUUGCUAGGAGAGAAAACACCAUUGAAGACUACAGCAACACCCCUGAGCUCACUCAAGCCCCCACGGGUGGAAGCUGCUCCGGUGGUUGCAUCUCCCUAUCAAAGAAGAGAUUCAGACAGAUACUGUGGGCUCUGUGCGGCCUGGUUUAAUAACCCUCUGAUGGCCCAGCAGCAUUAUGAUGGCAAGAAACACAAAAAGAAUGCAGCAAGGGUUGCUUUACUAGAACAACUUGGGACCACCCUGGAUAUGGGGGAACUAAGAGGUCUGAGGCGCAAUUACAGAUGUACCAUCUGCAGUGUCUCCCUAAAUUCAAUAGAACAGUAUCAUGCCCACCUGAAAGGAUCUAAACACCAGACCAAGUAG